UUCCUUCAGUAGUCUAUAUAAAAGAUCUUAUUUACACUGAAUCCCAACUUUGUUGCUCCUUGCAUCUCCCCUCUUCUUUCGAAAAGUUAUCUUAUUUGGUCUCUAAAAAUCUAAAGAUCCUUCUAACACUUCAGUUACUGUGUUUUGAUCGCAUCAUCUUGCCUAUUUCAAUCUGUCCUCUCUUACUAUCCCCUUCUGCAGAACUUUCAGCUUUUACUACCAUGGGUCUAGGUGGAACUAUAGAGUACUUCAGUGACUUAUUUGGCAGUAACCACAAGCACAAGGCGAAGAAGCAGCUGCAGACUGUGGAGCUCAAAGUGAGGAUGGACUGUGAGGGUUGUGAGCGCAAGGUCAAGAAGGUUCUCUCUUCCAUGAAAGGAGUGAAGUCUGUAAAAGUAGACUUGAAGCAGCAGAAGGUGACUGUGACAGGUCAUGUGGAUCCAAACAAAGUGUUAAAGAAGGCUCAGUCCACAGGGAAGAAGUCUGAGUUUUGGCCUUAUGUUCCCUACAGCUUAGUUGCUCAUCCAUAUGCAGCUCAGGCCUACGACAAGAAGGCACCUUCAGGGUAUGUGAGGAACACUGAGGCUGUGAGUGAUGCAAGACAGGAAAGUAAGCAGGAAGAUCAGAUUACCAAUAUAUUCAAUGAUGAAAACCCCAACUCUUGCUCUGUUAUGUGAGGAGGAAGAAGAAGAAGAAGACUGCAACUUAAUUGCCCAGAAAUUGGAUCAAGUGGACUCCUGAGCGUUUUAAUGUGUUGAACUGAAGGGUUUGAGGUCUGUGGCCUUCUUGUUCUUUCUAAUGCUUUUGCUUGAGGAUUUGAAGGUAAAGGGUGUUGUUUGAUAUGAUAUAUUACCAAUAGUUUCUGUCCUUGUGAUAGAACUACUUGUUUGCUUGACAUGGUUUGUUCUUCGUUUGCUGGCUCUUUAAUGACUAUUAUUAGCUUUAGUUGGUGGAUUAGUUUAGUAGUCAUCAAACUGUAAUUUAAGAAGAACAAAUUGAGAUAAAUAAAGAAGGGGAAUAAACUUCUGAAAAUCCAGCAAAUGUGUGGGCAAACAUGUUUGUAAACAUUGUACUGCACAAUUCAUUGGUCUUGGGAGUUUAGACUAUUAAUUAAGAGAUUUUGAAUUUGAAUGAA